AUUGAGUGAUUCCUUUCUGAUAAAAAAACUACGAGAGGAGUCGGUGAGUGGGAGACAGUUAGAGAGAGAGAGAGAGAGAGAGAGAGAGAGUGAUGGAGAUGGAUGAUCAAGUACUCCCAAUUCUUGAUUUUUCAGAUGGUUUAGUGGUAAAGCAAGGGAGUGAGGAAUGGAAAGCUAUGAGUAACAAAGUGAGAGAGGCAUGUGAGGAUUAUGGUUGCUUUCUUUUGCUAGUGAAGAAUGAGAUCCCAAUGAGUUUACGUGAAGAAAUGGUGACGGCAAUGAAAGCUCUGUUUGAUCUGCCUGAAGAGACCAAGAAGAAGCACACAAGUCCCAAGCCUUACCAGAGCUACGAAGGCAAGAGCCCCGUCAUUCCCUUGAAUGAAAGCUUCGGCAUCGAUGACGCUUGCCGCCUCGACGCAGCUCAGGCCUUCACCAACCUCAUGUGGCCUCAAGAAAACCCUGCAUUUUGUGAGGCAAUGAAAUCCAUGUGCUCUAAGAUGAUGGACUUGAAUCUCAUCAUCCUUAGGAUGAUCUUAGAGAGCUUUGGUUUAGGAAACCACUAUGAUUCCCAUGUCCAAAAUACCACCAGUGCUUUUCGUUUCAUGAAGUACAAAGCUCCUCCUCCUCCUCCUCCUCCUCCAACUCCAGGCAACAUCAACAUUAAUGCUGACUCGUCAUCAACAUCACUGUCAGCGUCGCCAUCAGCUGCCCUGGGCCUUGUACCUCACACUGACAAAAGCACCCUAACCAUUCUGUGCCAAAACGGUGUGCAAGGCCUAGAGAUUCUGACCAAACAAGGCAAAUGGGUUGAAGUGAUGGUCCCGGAGGGAGCUGUUGUGGUUUUUGUUGGGGAUGCAAUUAAGGCUUGGAGCAAUGGGAGGCUUCAUGCAGUGACCCACAGGGUUAUGAUGAGUGGUGACAAAGAGAGGUACUCGUAUGCCCUAUUCUCCUUGCCAAAAGAGGAGGUGGUGAUUGAAGUGCCUCAGGAAUUUAUAGACAAAGAGCAUCCUUUGCUCUACAAGCCAUUCAACUUUGGUGCAUACUUUACAUACUUCACGUCCAAUAUUCGUGAGGAUGCACUCGAAUUAUUUGCUAGAGUUUGAUAUUAUAUCAUAUAAUAUCCAUGUUAUUUGGUUAACAGGAUGUGUGUUUUGCAACAAGGUUACUAUGUCAAUAUCUGCUAUGUUUUACUUUACUGCAAGACAAUAAUCAUAAUAUGUAUUGGGGCUAAGACUUCAGAUAUUUGAUAAAUAGAAAGUAUCUUGCAUUU